CUUCUCACAAACACGCGGGAAGAAUAUAGAGAGAGGACAGGAAAAGCACGGAGUCACAUUGAAAAGUGGAGACACUGGCGCGCCGGUUUAGGAGAAGAGAGCGCACCAGCCACAGGACCUGGACAUGAUCGUCUCGAGAGUGCUUCCCCGGCUCAGUGUGCUCUGCAGGUUGUCUGGUUCAUAUCAGUACCAGUACAAGGCGCUCUGCAGUGCUGUGCAGUAUUGCCGCUCUGCCAGCUUUGUGACUAAUCAUGCACAAAGAUAUUUUACAUCAGCUGCUGACAACAAACAGCCUCCUAAACUAUGGACAGUGCUAGAGCCAGAAUUAGAGGAGGUCCUCGUCCCCAGAAAAUUGGCGGUUUCUCCUUUAGAAAGCUGGCUUUCACUACGUUACUCGCUACCUCCACUUAUAGAGGCCGCAGUCCCUCUGGAGGAAGGGGAGCUGGUAGAGGAGGCUGUGGUGUUGCCUCCUUCUGCUGUGCCGUUGAUGGAAGAUAGUGAAAUCUCAACACCAUUGAGCUGUAAGAAUGUGCUAGAGAUCCGGCGACGGAAGAUGAACAGACACAAAUACAAGAAGCUGCUCAAACGAACCAAAUUCCUGAGGAGGAGGAUAAAGGAAGGCCGACGGAAGAGAAAGCAGAAUCGGUUUGAAAGGGAUCUGACAAGAAUCUGGAGGCGAGCUGGACUGAAAAAGGCCCCAGAAGGAUGGACCACACCCAAAAUCUAUGUCAAACAUCAUCAGCCCAAAGGGGGCUAAUUAGUGGGAAAAUGCAUUGCUGUUGUGUAAAAUGAUUUGUUCAGAGCUGGUCUUUAAGGCCGUCAGUUUUCCAGGCUGCAUCUGGAGCAGAAGCGUGUGACUGGACUGUGUGAAUGAAUGAACUUUUCUGACUUUAUAUAAUGUUAUUACAUAAAUAAACAGGUCCUUAAUCACCUCA